CGGAUGUGAGCCGCAGACAGGCAGAUUAGCUCGACUCACGGCGCCCUGCAGAUACUCUGAACAGCAUCUGAACGGACACUCGGACCCGCAAACACCGGCUCUUUGAUUAUUUUUUACGGUCUUUUCACUCCCGGAUCUAAGCCACUCGGUUCUCGUGUACUGUGCGGUUCUUGAGCCAAUAAGGAAUGCCCAGAGAGCUCACCCAGAACAGGAUCCAAAAGAUCUGGGUUCCCACCAAGGAUGACAGGCGGAGAGCAGCUGGCGUCCCCAACUUCGCCAACCCCCCCACCGUCAUCGUGAUGGUGGGUCUGCCAGCUCGAGGCAAGACGUACAUGUCCAAGAAACUCACCCGCUACCUCAACUGGAUUGGCAUGCCUACCAAAGUCUUCAAUGUAGGAGAGUAUCGCAGGGAGGCGGUCAAGAACUACAGCUCCUAUGACUUCUUCAAGCCUGAUAAUGAAUAUGCCGUCAAAAUCAGGCAGCAGUGUGCCUUAGCAGCUCUGAGGGAUGUCAAGUCCUAUUUGAAGGACGAGGGAGGCCAAGUAGCAGUCUUUGACGCCACCAACACAACAAGAGAGAGGCGAGACAUGAUCCUCAAGUUUGGCAGUGAGAACAGCUUCAAGGUCUUCUUUAUUGAAUCCGUGUGUGACGACCCCAGCGUCAUCGCAUCGAACAUCAUGGAAGUGAAGGUGUCCUGUCCGGACUAUCGCGACUGCAACAAGACUGAAGCCAUGCUGGAUUUCCAUAGGAGAAUUGAAUGUUAUAAAACCAGCUACCAACCUCUGGAUCCUGAUCAGCAUGACAGGGAUCUCUCCUUCAUCAAAGUGAUAGAUGUGGGUCGCCGCUUUCUGGUCAACCGCAUCCAGGACCACAUUCAGAGUAAGAUUGUGUACUACCUGAUGAACAUCCAUGUCCAGCCACGGACCAUCUACCUGUGCAGACACGGAGAGAGCACCGACAACCUGGAGGGACGACUGGGUGGCGACUCCGGCCUCUCGCCGAGGGGCAAACAGUUUUCAGCUGCCCUGGCUCGGUUUGUGGAGGAGCAGCAUCUGAAGAAUCUGAAGGUGUGGACCAGCCAGCUGUGCCGCAGCAUCGAGACCGCUGAGCACCUGGGAGUCCCAUACGAACAGUGGAAGGCUCUAAACGAGAUUGAUGCUGGGUUGUGUGAGGAGAUGACGUAUGAUGAAAUGAAGGAGAAAUUCCCAGAAGAAUUUGCUCUGAGAGAUGAAGAUAAAUACUAUUACCGCUACCCUGCUGGAGAGUCCUAUCAGGACCUCGUCCAGCGCGUGGAGCCAGUCAUCAUGGAGCUGGAGAGGCAGGAGAAUGUCCUGGUGAUCUGCCACCAGGCUGUCAUGCGCUGCCUGCUGGCUUACUUCCUGGACAAGAGUGCAGAUGAGAUGCCCUACCUGAAGUGUCCCCUCCACACAGUGCUGAAGCUCACCCCAGUCGCCUAUGGGUGCAAAGUGGAGUCCAUCUCUCUGAAUGUGGAGGCAGUAAACACCCACAGAGACAGACCGGAGGAGGUUAAGAGGGGUCCUGGCACCCUGAUCAGGAGGAACAGCGUUACUCCUCUGACCAGCCCCGAGUCAAACAUCAAGAAACCUCGCAUUGAUGAUCUGGACGAGGCUCCGAUCCAGGAGCUGCCCCCCUCUGUGGCCUCACUGGCCCUCUGCAGCCCCUCUCAUCUCCCUCUUGCUCUGGCUGGACAGCACUGGCUGGGCAAAGUUUGCCUGACCUGAGGAGAAGCUCAUCUGGCUGCCAUGACUUCCUGCAGCCCUGUCAGUGACUUUGCAUCGUCGUGAGGUCAGAAAGUGGAUCACUGACGAAAACUCACUGAAAACGACAUGAAACGACUAGGAUAGGAAAAGUGAAAAUGAAGAGUUACUUUCCUAAAAGCCACAUUAUUCUGUCACUAAAACAUCAAUUAUGUCAAACAAGGACACCAGUUACUGCACCUUUCAUUGUUGAAAAAAAGGAUCAUGGUUAUUUAACCGUCAAAUCAAAACAAGACUCUUAAAUUCUCCCUUUCUUGCUGUCAGACAUGAUUUUUCUUUGUGAGAUUGAUGAAUUGGUGUAUUUUUUUGGGGGGAAACUGUUAGACAUUCUCGUCUAAAUUGUUCAGAUAGAGAAACUGUGACUACUUUAAAUCAGCAGUCAUUCCUGUUACACCUCAGAUGGCUCUCUGGGAAACCAAUAGCUUGUGGUUUAAUAUUUUAGAGAGACCAAAGAUUAAUUCUCAUGCCCAAACCUUCAGCUAAUCCUUUUUCAUGUAUUCAUCUUUUUGGAUAACGUCAUGAUUUAAUUAACCCCUUCGAAUGCUGACACCCAACAAAGUAAGCGAUAUUUUGCACAGCGGUGAUAUGUUUUUGCUUUUGUUUGGAUUAAUUUGUCACUAUGUGUUUUUAUGUCAUGUUACUUCACGGUAGUGGAGGUGAUUUCUGCCCUAGAGUGCCUGUAGUGCUUGUUUUGCAAGCCUGACGCCGCUUCUCUUGCUAAUUUCUCUGGACUUGAUUGCUUGAGGAGAGGCACCACAUUUCACCUAAUAACUCCACAUAUCAUUUCAACAUUGUCACAGUGAGAAUAUUUAUUUUAAUUUUUUGUUUAGUUUCAGUGCCACAGUGCAUGUAUUUCACUCUACUGAUGGGAAACUUUGUUUUCGAGCUAAUUAUUCUUUUGCUGUCGUUGUCGGCUACGCACAAAUAUAAGCACCUCUAUUUUUGUUCUAACACAACGCGUGCUGUUAAUAAUAUCUUUGUAAAUGUUAGUGUACAUAUGGUAUAACUGGCCAUGGAUGGGAGAUGACUUGGAACACUCACGGGAGUCUUUUUAAAUGCGUGCAAGUCUUUUUUUAUGUACUAUUGUGUUGAGACUGAAUGGAAAGCAUGAUAAGUGUUGAGAAAGAAGCAGAUACUUACUUAUCUCAGUCAAAAUUUUAACAUGUUUGUUUGAAAUACUUGAAAUUUGUUUUUUGUAAAAACUGUUUUAUUAUAUUCUUUAUUUAUUUUUAUGUUGUUUCAAAUGACUGCUUGAUGGGAGAGGCACCUUGUUUUAAUCUGAGCACUGUGCUUGAGAAUAUGUUGUACAGUUGAUUUUUGCAUCUGCUGGACCAAUAAAUUCACUGCGGGAAAAUAUA